AUGGCUGCUUCUUCUCCUUGUAAUUGGCAUGAAGUAUAUUGUACUUCGGGCCGGGUUACAACGCUCCGAUUACAUAGAGCGGAUUUAUUCGGUUCUCUCCCAAUUGGUGGAAUCGGUAAUUUAUCCAAUCUACAAAAUUUGUCUCUCCGUUUCAAUUCCCUCUCCGGUCUAAUCCCAUCGGAUUUCUCAAACUUAGUGCUUCUUCGUUACUUGUAUCUUCAAGGUAAUGCUUUUUCCGGCGAGAUUCCGUCGUUUCUUUUCACGCUUCCGAACAUAAUCCAAACAUAA